AUGGCAGUGCCAACUAUGGUGUUCUCUGACGUGGAAAGUUUUCUGGACUCGCAUCCCGAGUUAUUCGAGGACUACCUGAACAGAAAGGGGAAAUAUAGCACGGUGGAGAAAUGGCUAAAGAAUCACAUGGCGAGCAAAAGUCUGGCGGCUGCAGCUCCCGCCCAGUCGAGAGAGGAGAAGGGCAACGCGUGUAGGGACAGCUGGGCCAGCCAACGCGACGGCCUGCAAAGGAGAGUCUCGCAGAAGGAGCUGCGCAAAACUUUUGCCAGAUCAAAGGCCACGAAUGUCAACAGGACGUACGACGAACAUGUCAAUUCACGGGCCCAGGAGCCCCUGACGAGCAUGAGGAGGAGAGCUCUGCUGAGGAAAGCCAGCUCUCUGCCCCCGACCACUGCGCACAUCCUGAGCGCACUGCUGGAGUCCAGAGUCAACAUCCCCCAGUACCGGUCCACAGCCGUGGAUUUCAAGUAUUACCUCAAAGAACACAACGAAAGAGAGUUUUUCCUGGAGCUUGUGAAAGACAUAUCUAACGACUUGGAUCUAACGAGUCUCAGCUAUAAAAUCCUUGUGUUUGUUUGUAUUAUGGUCGAUGCAGACCGGUGCUCAUUGUUUUUAGUGGAGGGAACGGGCAACAAGAAGACACUCGUGUCCAAAUUCUUUGAUGUGCACGAGGGUACCACUGUUUUACCCUCAAUGAAUUCAGAUGAAGUUCAAGUGCCGUGGGGGAAAGGAAUCAUCGGAUAUGUGGCUGAACACGGAGAGACAGUGAACAUGUCUGACGCGUAUCAGGAUCGUCGGUUCAGAGAUGAAAUUGAAAAGCUGACAGGGUACAAAACCAAGUCACUCUUGUGCAUGCCCAUUCACAACAGUGAUGGAGAGAUCAUUGGUGUUGCUCAGGCCAUCAACAAGACUUCAAGUGGAGAACUCUUCACUGAAGAUGAUGAAAAGGUGCUGCAGAUGUACCUGCCUUUCUGUGGUAUUGCCAUCACCAAUGCCCAACUCUUCGCAGCCUCAAGGAAGGAGUAUGACAGGAGUCGGGCCCUGUUGCAGGUGGUCAAUGACCUGUUUGAAGAGCAGACUGACCUGGAAAAGAUUGUCAGGAAGAUCAUGCACCGUGCCCAGACGUUGCUUAAGUGCGAGCGCUGCUCUGUUCAGUUGCUGGAGGACAUUGCGUCACCGGUGGUGAAGUUCACCAAGUCGUUUGAGCUGCUGUCGCCUAAGUGUAGUGCUGACAUUGAAAGCAGUUUCAAAGACAGUAUGGAGAAAUCGUCUUACUCUGACUGGCUCAUCAACAACAGCAUCGCAGAGCUGGUGGCAUCCACAGGACUCCCCGUGAACAUCAGCGAUGCCUAUCAGGAUCCUCGCUUUGAUGCGGAGGCAGACCAGUUCUCAGACUUCCACAUCCGCUCUGUGCUGUGUGUUCCCAUAUGGAACAGCAACCACCAAAUCAUUGGUGUGGCCCAAGUGCUGAACAGGCUUGAUGGGCAACCAUUCGGCGAUGCAGACCAGCGUCUCUUUGAAGCGUUUGUGAUCUUUUGUGGACUCGGCAUCAACAACACCAUCAUGUACGACCAGGUGAAGAAGUCCUGGGCCAAGCAGUCUGUAGCUUUGGAUGUUCUCUCUUACCAUGCCACUUGCUCCAAGACCGAAGUUGACAAAUUCAAGGCGGCCAAUAUUCCUCUGGUUUGCGAGCUGGGCAUCGGUAAGCUCUCCUUUGAUGACUUCUCCCUGGACGUUGACGCCAUGAUAACAGCCGCUUUGAGAAUGUUUAUGGAGUUAGGAAUGUUGCAGAAAUUCAAGAUUGAUUAUGAGACACUGUGCAGAUGGCUGCUGACUGUCAGAAAGAACUACAGAAUGGUGCUCUAUCACAACUGGAGACAUGCCUUCAACGUCUGCCAGUGCAUGUUUGCAAUGCUAACGACAGCGGGCUUCCAGGAGACUCUGACAGAGGUGGAGACCUUAGCACUUAUUGUGGGUUGUGUCUGCCAUGACCUGGACCACAGGGGCACCAACAACGCUUUUCAGGCAAAGACGGGCUCAGCCCUUGCUCUGCUUUAUGGGACGUCUGCUACACUGGAGCACCACCACUUCAACCAUGCCGUUAUGAUCCUGCAGAGUGAGGGUCACAAUAUCUUCUCCAACCUCUCGUCCAAAGAGUAUGGCGACCUCAUGCAGCUGUUGAAACAGUCAAUUCUGGCCACAGACCUCACACUUUACUUUGAGAACAGAAACACCUUCUUUGAGCUCGUCAACAAAGGAGAGUACAACUGGAAUCUGAAGGCUCAUCGAGACAUGUGCAGAUCCAUGAUGAUGACAGCGUGUGAUCUUGGUGCCGUCACAAAACCGUGGGAAAUAUCACGCAAGGUAGCAGAGUUGGUGACAAGCGAGUUCUUCGAGCAGGGCGACAGAGAGAGAUCCGAGCUGAAGCUCACACCCUCUGCCAUCUUUGAUCGAAACAGGAAGGAUGAAUUGCCAGGACUUCAGCUGGAGUGGAUUGAUGGAAUUUGUGCACCGCUGUACGAGACUCUUGUCAAGUUGAAUCCCAAACUUCAGCCCAUGGUCGACAUGAUCAAAGCCAACAGGGCCAAUUGGGAGGAACUGCACCAGAAGAGACAACGUGGCCCGAGUGCUUCUGCCCCCUCGAGCUCCUGCGGUGGAGGCGGCCCGGACACGAGCGGCUGCGCUGGGCCCAAAACAGGCAGCAAAACGGGCUGCUGCAGCGGCGAUGCUGACGGAGCACCAUCUAAACCUGUUAGUUAGCUACCGACACCAUCUCCAAGCUGAUCGCUUAGGCUUACUUCCUCUUAAAUGCAGCCUGCAGCAGAGGCAGCAGCGCAUGCGGAGGUUCUUUGGCUCUGCUCCUCUUCGCUUUUACUGCUAGAGAUGAGCUUUAGAGGCGCUGUCGUAGAGGUUUUUCUGCCCCCUUCAGUCUUCCCGUGCUGAAGGCUGACAGAGCUGUGUUUGGCGAGCUUGUCGGAGCAGCUACAAAUCAGCCGAUGACACCACGUCAGAAAGGAAACUCAAAGCGAUGUGUCAACCUGUCAACCAGAGAGCUAACACUAACUAUUCUGGGCAUUGGACACGACACGAUUAUGAGAGGGAUGUUUGUUUCUGCUGUGGUUCGUUUUGCUCUUGGCACCUCCUCGUUGUAUGCAUUUUAUCCGGGGUCACGAAGAUAUUUUGUUGUAAAUCUGUACAUAAUUAAGUUAUUUACAAGUGCUGUUUAAGAACCUGUAAGCUCUGGCUUGUAAUGUGGCUGUAGAGUUUCUGAAGGAUGAAGGAGUUCAGGAACAGCAGGACCUGUGACGAUGCUUGCCAUGCAGAUUGAGUGCUCCGCUCCCUCCCCUCCUGUGCCUUGUUUUAAGAUCCUAAUGAAAAAAUGCAUGGCCUCCUCACCGAAAUCCAAGUUCAACCAUGACUUUUAUUGCCAUAAUUUAUAAAAAACAAUGACUGCAGUUAUGUCUUGAUCCCAUGUUAGCCACAACACAUUAACAUGAGAUACAUAGAGAAAUCUAUUUCCCCCAAUUUUAUAAAUGCAGGGUCACACU